AUGGUUGGGCCUCAGCUGAUAUGCUUGAAUAUAACAGGCUACCAUCAGAUCAUGACCGGUGAUAUCUUGAGGCUUAUCGUCAAGAACUGUACAUCCUUAGAGAAGAUCCAUUUGGGACCAGGUAUGAAGUUGACCGAUGAGUCGCUGAGGAUGCUGUUCAGAGAUCAGGAGAGAUCUAGAAACCUGACACUACUCAGGAUGUACGGGACCCGGUGCAAAUAUUUGAACCAUGAUAUCUUGCUAGAUAUGAGUAAAGCAUGCGUGAACCUGACCGAGCUUUACAUGGCGGGAAUCAAGUGCGUUGAUGACACCUUGCUCUUCUCCAUAGCAAACCACAUGCCUCGUCUGAAGCACAUCUCACUGGGAGAAUAUGGUCGUUUAGGCCGCCGUUCAGCUACUAAUCAGGUGACGGAUAACGGCGUCGUUGAACUGACAAGAUGCUGCCCUCUAGAGUUUAUCGGUCUUACCGGAAUCCACUGCAUCACAGAUAAGAGUAUAUUUGCUCUCGCCAAUAACUGCCCUGAUCUCAAGACUCUGUUUAUAUCAGGCUGCAGUAAGGUUACAACGCAAGCAACAAACUACCUGCAACAAGCAAUUGCUUACGAUCUCAACAAUAGCGACGUCACGCCGGUGCGAACAUCAUUCAUGGGAGAACAAAGGCGGGUUUCGCAUACUAGUAGUGUAUUCAAAUGUCAUGCGUGUGGGGUAGCCUCCAUGCUCUCCACCGUUGUCAGACAUCCUCCCCGUUUUUCAUCAUGUUCAGGUAUGAACCUGUGUGCUAACCACUCAACGUUCUCUUUGUCGAAUCGGAAUAGUUUCCGAUAG